AUGUUGGAAGGACUGGCAUGGGUCUGUCUGGCAGUAAUCAUAGUUAAACUGAUCGUCGAUCGCUUUACUGCCACCAAAAAUCUUCCACCUGGACCAUUUCCUUUCCCGAUCCUUGGUAACGCGCACAAAUUGGCUGCUGAUUCACGCCACGUUGACCUCAUGAAACUGGAAAAACAUUAUGGCAAAGUGUUUCGUUUGUAUCUCGGUAGCCAGCUCGUAGUAGUCGUUAGCAGUGGAGAAGCCCUAAAAGAAGUUCUCGUCACAAAAUCGGCCGAUUUCGCUGGACGUCCGAAUCUCUACACGUCACAGGUUUAUUCCAAGGGAAAGGCAAUCGCACUGGCGGAUUAUUCUCCGGAAUGGCGGCUGCAUCGUAAGAUUGCAGUCUCUGCGCUCAAGAUGUACAGUAACAACAGAAUAAACCAAGGAUCCGUAAUCAACGAGGAAUUUGACCUGCUGUUAAAAAGAAUCCACGCCAGAAAUGGUCAAUCACACGACAUCACAAGAGAGAUACGACUGGCUGUGACGAAUGUGGUUUGUGCCGUGGUGUUCGGUUCGAGAUUCGAGCUCGACGACCCGGAGUUCACAAAGUUCUUAGAUAUCACCAACGCUCUAGCGAAGAUGGUUGCUGCUGGGAGCAUUGUGGACGUCUUUCCUUGGCUCAGUUGGAUCCCAUUCAAGUCUCUGCAGAAUCUCAGAGAGAAAUGCAAGGAGCGAGACGAACUGCUAGGAAAGAUAUAUGGAGAACAUGUGGAGGCGAACAGAGUGUUACAUCCACAAGACCUGACAGAUUCAUUACUGAAGGCAAGAAAGGAUGCUGAAGAAGAAUCCGAAGUCAAAGGAUUCCUCACCGACGAGCACCUUAUUAUGACCAUGAGCGACAUCUUUGUUGCUGGAAUGGAGACCUCUGCAAGCACCCUGUGUUGGGCGCUGAUAUACCUGAUUCACAACCCUGACGUGCAGCAGAUGCUGCAUCAAGAGCUGGAUCGUAUCAUUGGUCCGGAUCGUUUGCCUGAACUAGGAGACAAGAAGAAUCUUCCGUACUUAGAGGCGACCAUUACAGAAACUCUGCGCAUCUCGUCUCUUCUACCUUUGUCAGCUCCCCAUAAGGCAACAGUGGACACCACUCUACAGGGAUACAGUGUUCCCAAGGGAACUACAGUUCUAACUAAUCUCUGGUCCAUCCACCACGAUCCAGACACCUGGGACGAACCACACAGCUUCAGGCCUGAGAGGUUCCUAGAUGAAAAUGGUAAUUUCGCUGCACCAACAUUUGACCGUUUUCUACCGUUUUCUGCUGGGCGCCGUGCUUGCUUAGGAGAGCCCUUGGCACGGAUUGAGCUCUUCCUGGUCCUCGCACGUUUGUUGCACAGCUUCAGGUUUGAGAAUCCGCCCGGCUUUGAUCUUCCCAGCGUUGAGCCCAUUGUGGGAAUCGUUUUGAUACCACAGCCGUUUAAAGUCUGUGCUCUGAAAAGAAGGGAUGUCACACUUUCCAAGUCAUGA